GCUGGCCCCUGGGAAAGGUCGCGAUGCAAUGGCUUUAAAUUUGGCGCAUCUGCCGCAGAUUGCACCACUCUCACGAUGAACGGCUGCUAUAACACAAUAAAAUACACGGGCCUGUUCUCCAAUCUACUCUAUAUGCUACUGGGCAUAGGAGUGAUGGCUGGAGCAGGACUAGGACUGCAGAUGGCUGAGCCCAACACGCCGGAGCACACGUAUUUUGUCAAGAGUUUGGUAUUGGGUGGCACCAUUUGUAUGAUCGUGAUCUUCGGAUGCUAUGGCAUGGUCGCCAACUUGCUUUGUGUCAAUUUGAUUUUCACCAUGUUCAUACUGAUUGCCCUGGCAGCGGAGUACCUUCAGCUGCACCACUAUCACAGUCCGUCCCUAAGGAGCUCUGGUGGCGCCUGGCAGCAGCUGGAACUGGCUUGGCAUAAUCUGGACAGCGAACCCGAGCGUAUGCAUCAGUACGAGGUCUCCCAUCACUGCUGCGGCUACAACGGUGCCGACGAUUACAAGCGCCUGCAUCUGCUGGUGCCAGCGAGUUGUUAUCAGGCCACUGGUAAUGACACCGCCCAGCAGAUCUAUCCAAGCAGCUGUCUAGAGACGCUGAACCGUAGUCAGCGGUACAUCCAGCAGCGCGAUAAGCUCUACAUGUGGGCCAUCGUUGGCCUUGAGAUCUUCAUACUGCUGCAAACUGUGGCGUUGAGUGUGCUGCUCUUCAGGCUGCGACAGCGAGAGCGCAUCGCACGAAGACAGGUGCCGCCAGGUGUGCGCCGGGAACCGCGCUCCAACCAUGUGUCCGCCUCUCGAGCGCACUUACUCCAUGACGCCUGACUUAAGAGCUUAUGAAAACUUUGGUUUAUUGGUUAUCCACGUUAUUGGUCAUCCAAAUGCUUAUCUAUAAAUGUCAUAAAUUAGUAGGCGUAGCGACGAGUCUUGUUGGUCAGUUGGCAGCACAAGGUGAUUCCCAAGAUGAUGCCCACGACCUGUAAUUAAAGAAACAAGGUGUUGCAUUAAACAUUUACAACGUGUCAGUUCUCAAUCACUAAGUUUGCCAGUUGGUACUAGAGACUUGCAAAUUCAAGGUUAAUCGCGUAAAAUACAUUAUUCUUAUGUAUACAUUAGCA